AUGGCUGCACAACCGAUUGCAUUGAUCGAUCUCACCGAUUUCUAUGCAAACACAUUCACGAGUCAUGAUGAUCUUGGUUGGACCCUUUUUAACCAAGAAUUGCCAGAUGAUAUGGUAUUUCAUAUCUUACAAUUUCUCGAAUCCGAAUUUAUCAUUCGUGUCUGUAUGAAAGUAUCGACUCAAUGGUAUCGAAAAUCAUUGGAAAUUCCUCUCUCACUCAAUUUCUCAAAUUGGACAAGUAGAAUCAUUGCUGAUAGCAACAUGAUGGAACAGCAGAUAUCAGUGGCCCUAGAUCAACAAACUCUAGAUGACACAACAUUAACGACGACUACUUGUUCCACCGAUUCCAGUAAUAUUGAAAAUGAGAGGAAUAUCAACACCUCGUUGACGACAACAAGUGAAAGUAGUCAUUCCUCUUUAAAAGAUGAAAUUCUCUCAAUGGAUCAAUAUAUUCUAUUAUUCUCUAAUUGCCCCAAUUUGAAGAAUUUAACAUCUCUAAAUGUAUCUAAUUGCAAACUGAAAACAGAAACUCUUCAGGCACUAUUGACCUCAGAAAAUGUAUGGAAUCUUUCGUAUCUGAAUUUGAGUGAUAACGAUAUUAACAUGGACAUUGCAACCACCAUUUCCAAAUAUGGACGUCAUUUUAAACAAUUGACUCAUUUAAAUCUUGCAAAUUGUGGUUUCAAACCAAAAACACUCAAAUUAAUAAUGCAUAGUCCAUUCGUACGGAAUGUAAAGUCUAUUCAAUUAACUGGAAAUACAACAGUCAAAAAGAUUGCUAAAAUUCUCUCGACAAGUAAAUGCCAAGAACAGCUGGUGGAAUUGAAUAUUGGACGUAUUUGUAUUUACAGUGAAGGUGUAAAACGUAUCAUUGAAACAUUGAAUCAUAUCCAAUCGUUAAAUCUCCACUCGUGUUACAUUCGAGAUCAAGGACUCAAAAUACUUGCUUCAAGUCCGCAACUCAAACAUUUAACUCUUCUCAAUUGUGAUGGUAAUCUCAUUUCUGAUGAAGGUGUUAAGGCUAUUGCUACCAGUGAUUACAUGAAAAAUUUAAAAACACUCGAAUUGGAAUCGAAUACGAUUGGAAAUGAAGGUGUAGAAUAUAUCGCUUCGAGUCCAUUCAUGACCAAUUUAACAUUUUUAAAUUUACAAAGUAAUUAUAGAAUUACAGAGAUGGGAUUAAAAACAUUGAUUCAAAGUGACAAGUUGAAAAAUUUGAUACAACUCCAUGUACCAGCACAAGGAAAAGAUGUACUCAUGAUUGAUUCAACACUCUCACAAUUACCAAAAUUAGACUUGUCCAAAUGUAGUUUUUCAACAAGUGCAUUUUACAAUGCAGCUUACAAAUGCUACAAUGGAGGAGAUGGUAUCUUGCAAGAUUAUUCAAAAGCAUUUAAAUAUUUUGAAUUAUCAGCACUCAAAGAAGGUGAUAGAGAUGCCUAUUACUUUUUAGGAAUGAUGAGUCUUCGUGGAAAUGUAAAACCACAAAAUACCACAAAAGGAAUUGAGUAUUUAGAACAAGCAUCCAAAUUGGGAGAUGUUGAUGCAGUUUUAGAAUUGGGUCAACUCUAUGUUUCGGGUGUACUUGUACCACAAGAUUCGCAAAAAGCCUUUCAAUAUUUUGAAAAGGCAGCACGAGAUCAUAAUGCUUCAGCUCUCAUCAAAUUAGCCUACAUCUAUUACUUGGGAAAUGGAACUCGACAGAAUUUAAAAAAAGCUCACGAAUAUUAUGAAUUGGCAGCCAAACAGAAUGCACCUGUAGCAUAUUUAUCGUUGGGAUUUUUAUAUUUCAAUGGAUUGGGUGUUGAGAGAAAUGAACGGCAAGCACUCGAAUAUUAUGAAUUGGCUGCAAAACAACGUCAUGAUCUCACUUUAACAAAACUUGGAGUCAUGUAUUUGAAAGGACAACAUGUACCUUUGAAUUUACAACAGAGUGUACAACAACCUUUGAGUUUACAACAGAGUGUACAACAACAACAACAACAACAAGGGUUGAUCAAUCAUGGUGAUGAGAGUUGUUUUCGUACUAGCAGUACUAGUAGUAGUAGUGAUAUUGAUAGUGGUACUAAUAAUAAGGAUCAGUAUGCAACGAGUGGUGGUAGUAGUUUUAAUAACAACAGUAGCACUACUGGUCAGUAUUCGGUUACGGAUCAUGGUAGUAGUGAUGUGGACAGUUCAUUACAUGAAAAUUGUGUAUCACCACAACUAAAGGAACGAGGACUUGCCUAUUUGAGAGAGUGUGCUUCCCGUCGUUACACAUGUGCCUUAAGAGAAUUGGCAUUCAUGUACUUGUUUGGACUCUAUGGAAUGGAAAGAAAUGAUAAACAUGCCAUGAACUACUUGUUGGAAGGAGUAAACAAGCAUGAUAAGGAAGUUCUCAUGUUACUAGGUCUCAUGUACUAUUGUGGUUAUUCAGGAUUGAAAUAUGUUCAUAAAGAAGAGAAUGGUGAGAAUGGUGAAGAGAAUAGAGAGUACAAUGAUGAUACCAUAGGGAGAAGUAGCAAUAGUAGUAGUAGCGGUAUCCUUAAUACUAUUAAUAAUAGCAAUAACAGUACUGACAGUAGAAUAGUAUUGGAUAAUACCAACUGUAGUGUUGAAAAAGAACAUUCUCAUCAUAGUACUAGGCAUGAUCCUCAAUUAGCUUCCAUCACACAUUGUGUAAAAUAUUUGAAACUAGCACAUGUAUUGGAUCAUGAAGAGAUUCAAGAAAGUACCACUCGGAAAGAUCUUAAAGUCCUCUUGCAACAUGCGCUCACUCAACCUUCUAAAAUGAUUCAUUACAAUUCAGAAUGUACUUCAUGUCGACGAUUAGCAUUUACUGGAAGAUUUCGAUAUUCAUGCAAUAACUGUCUCCAAUAUAUUCUCUGUGAGAAUUGUUAUCAUUCCAAUAAGAAUGGAGCAAGAGAUGGUCAUUUCCAUGGAAUGAAUCAUCAUUUUAUAGAAGAGCAAGCACCUAUUCAUGUCAUGUGUAAAUUCUUGCAUUUAUUUGAAGAGAGUGAAAAGUUGUAA